AUGGGAUCGUGGAACAUAAGGACCCUACAGGGUAAGUUAAUUGAGCUGGUAAAGAUUCUUAGGAAUAGAAGGAUUAACACUGCCUGUGUCCAGGAGACCAAAUGGGUAGGCUCUAAGGCUAGGGAUGUGGAUGGGUACAAGUUGUGGUACACAGGUAGUGAGAGGUAUAAGAAUGGAGUAGGUAUCUUAGUAGAUAAAGAGCUUAGGUGGCAGGUGGGCUUGGACGAAGAGGAGAAAAAGAGAUUUUGGGUGGUUUUGGAUGAGGUGGUAGGCUUUGGUUUUGAGGGUAGGAAUGAUGAGAGAGCUGCUCUUUUGGAUUUUACAAGGGCCUUUGGGUUGGUGGUUGUGAAUUCCUACUUUGCAAAGAAGAAGAAGCAUCCGGUUACUUUUCGUAGUAGGUUGACCAAGACCAAGAUUGAAUUUUUGCUGCUUAAGAAGGGGGAUAGAUCUCUGUGUAAGGACUGUGUGGUCAUCCCAACUGAGAACCUUAUGACCCAACAUGCACUUUUAGCGAUGGACUUGGUUAUUAAGAGUGGCAUCAAGAGUAGGGGUGGGGAGGGCAGCAGUAGAGUUAGGUAUGGUGGCUUGACUUCAGUUAGUGCUUUGGAGAUUGGAGGGGAUGGGGUCAUGGGAGUGUAG